GAUGUAUUAUUGAAAUUGGUUCCUUCAAUAGUAACCAAUAACUAUUCUAGGAUAAUGGAUAAUUUUUUAGACAUGAUAUCUAAGUUACGCAUUGAAUCGAAAUCUGAACGAUCACUAACAUUAAAUUUAAAUUCAAAAAUUUCUACUAUAAAAUGGAGAGUAAAUGUAUUGCAAAAGCUGCAACUUAUGUUACAAGUGUUAGUAGACUUCAUGAGGAACAAUAGUGGCAUUGAAAAGGGAAAUCAGGAUAUAGAAGUUACACAAAAUUAUUCAUUCAGAGAAACAAUACCUGUCUACUUAGGAGUUUAUGAUGAUCACAAUUUAAAAAUAAAUGGACUAGGACUUUUUUCUGGAUCAAAUAAAAAUUUUAAUGCAUCUUUGACCCAAGAAAUGAUUUUAAAAGUAAAAUAG